UUUCUUGUUUAAAAUUAAUAAUACUUUUUGUUUUCUAAUAAUAAUUAUACUUCAAAUAAUAAAUAAAAAAUGUGAUGAAUGUCAUGUGCCAUUUAACCCUUUCACACGUGAGUUUAAAAUACUCUAUCUGAGCCCCCAGAGUGAGUUUUUUUUAGGCAACCAUUAUUUAGAACGUAUAGCCUUAUUGUUUCCAUGGUGACGCAUUGUGUUUGUCACGUGACACAACGCAGCCACAAUAGCGCUGUAUGACACAUGUAUCACUUUUAUAUAGUUUUUCCCUUUUUAUUAUAAAUAUUGACAAACGUGCUCACUGUAUUAUGAAAUAUCUGAUAUUCCGGUUCUGAAAUAUGUGCAAGUAAAUGUAUUUGGAGGUUUAAACACUUUUUUAAUGAGCGUGUUAGUUGAUCUAUGCCGAGUGAAGGGCGCCGCCAUGUUAGUUCGCGCUGAAUCCAAACUAUGGGAUUUACAAAACGCAAAUUCAUCCUCUACUCCCGAAAAACAUUAAAGUAAGUCUCUGGUGAGCUUGGAGAAGAGCAUAGUAAACUUUAUAGUUACCUACACAAUGUGUAUAUGAUAUCAAUACAAUAUGUCGUCAGAUAACAAUUGUAAGGAUCAUUAAUGCCGCUGCCAUAGACAUUGGCGUGUAUUUUGCAAACUAUAAAUGCAUCGUUUUACUAGGACGUAUGUGUAUGUAAAUGUCUGGAACCUAAAAUAAGCAUUAUAUGGUUGAAAACACGGAAUAGUUGCGAUAAUAUGACAAGCGUUUAUAUUUACAAAAUACAUUUAAGUUGCUCAGUGAAAACUUUGGAAUCUUUUCUUUGUACUUUUGUCAAUGAAAUAAAAGUUAAAUAGAAUGAACAAAUCACAGAUUUUAUCAUUUUACAAGAUGUCCCAACUUUUCUAGAAUUAGGGUUGUACGUAGUUUUUUUUUUUUAAAGUAAACUUUGAAAUAUUCUCACAAAAUAUAUGAAAUAUAGUAAAGUAGGGUUUACAUUUCUUCUAUUUGCAUGAGUAAAUGUGAUAUUUACUCACCAAAAUAAUGUCCAUUGUGUCUUUUUAUUUAGUCUUUUUAAAUUUGACUGUUGUUGGGGCAACAAGAUAUGCAUCUCAACAACACUGAAGCUGUAGCAAUGAAAACCACCAACAUGCUUAAAAACUCUGUAAAUGAAUGUUAUUACACUUAUUUUAAAAUAAUUUACUGUAAAAAAGUACUUCACUGUCUUUUUUGAUCAAUUCAAUGCAUCCAUGAAAUAAAGUAAUAAAGUAUUUUCCUAAAAAUCAUAAUGCCCAUACAUUUGAAUUACUGUAAAUAUAAUAACAGUCCUCAUUAUAAACACAAAAUAGUAAUAAUCAACUUUAAUAUUCAGUGAGGAUAAUUGGACUACGAUUUAUUUGAUGGGGGGGUGACCUGGAUAAUGGGUAGGGGGGCGCUGGCCCAAAAAAGGUUGAGAACCACUGCUUUAGGGGUUUCAGAAAAACUGCCACAAACUGCACCAGGGCAUUUGUCGACCCCAGAGGGUUAAGAAGCAGUCUUUUACUUUACUUCUACAUUUAGCUUAAACCAUCUGUUUACCAUCUUUUUCUCGGUACUCUCAUCAUUUUUACUGCAUGCACCUUUGUAGUCCUGCUGAUGCAGUGAGUAUAAACCAGGCUAUACAGCUGAAGUGCUCACACUGAAGUGAAGUCUCUUCACAUGAUCAGCAAAAUCUGAUGCUGUACUCUGCUGCGGCUCUGCAGCAAGCACUGUAUGGAGCAGAGCAGACCAUGUAGCCACAAAGGGCAUCCUAUGUGUAUAUCACUUUCUUCUUUUAGACGAAUCCAAUCAGUGUUAAAGUAAAAAUUGCCCUUGCUCUUCCAACCUUUACAAUGGCCAUGGGCAGGUGCUUUGUAAAAGAAAAAUAAGAAAAAAAGAAAUAUUCCUGCAGCUGGGGUGCCAGAAAAAAACAUGUAAAAUUAAAUGUAAUUAAAAUGCAAUUUGUUCCUGUAAUUUUUUUUUUUUUUUUUAUAUUUAAGACUACAAGGCUUUUCCUUCACAUUUAUUAUGUAACAUUUAAAGAUUACAUUUUCACUUUUUUUUUUUUUUACAGAGUGAGCAUUAAAUGUUGUAUCACAUCAAUGUGUCAUCAAUGCAGUAGGAUGCAUAUUGAGUAAUUUUACAUUUCCAAAACAGUAUAGACCUUUACAUGUUACUUUCAUACAUUAACAUUAUCACAUAGAUGAGACAAUUUACUUUUUCUAAAAUAGUACUGCACAUUUUUAAAUGUGCAAUUUUUCAACAACAGAGCAUGUGUCAAGGGCCUAAAAGUCCAUAUCCUGGUUUAUACUCUAUUAUACUCUAUUUGGUUCAACUUUAACGCUUGGAAAUGUAAAGCAUCAGACACUACAUUUAAAAGCAAACCAAACAGACAUCAAACAGACAUCAUAUGGUUUUGACAAUCAAGGUAUCUGGUCACAUCACCAAAUACACAUUACACUUAAGGCAUCACAUGAGGUUGUAUUUUCAGUGGCAACAAAUUCAUACUGAAGCCAAAUUAAAAAAAAAAAAAAAAAAAUAGUUCAAAGUCAAAUGCAGAAGCUUUUUUUUUCUGAUUUGGCCUUAAUUUUGUGGUGACCAUAUUGAAAAAUAUUCAGUAAAGGCCUAAUUCACACCAAAGAAAAUAACUAUAACUAUAAAGUUUUAAUUACCAUAGGUGACUAUUUUUUUCUUUUACUGAACAAUAAAAACAUUGACAGCUAAUCAGUAAUAAAGAGGUCAAGCAUUUAAAGCAGCAGAUUAUUUCCUGCAGCAAGUCAAGUCACCAUUAUUUAUAUAGUGCUAAAGAUUGAGUCAAAGCAGCUUUACAGUAUUAAACAGGAAAACAGUGUGUUAAAGAAACCAAAACUCCAUCAUUCUCCAGACAAAACCAACAGUUUAAGACUAGGCUGCAACAAAGUCAGAUUGUGCAGAGGACUCAUUAGGUUCCCGUGGUCUUGUCCUGAUGGCCGUCUAGGUGACGAGGUCUUCACUGACAUUCAGGGCUGUAGAGGUCGUCUCUAGGUGCUGAUCCACCAUCUGAUCUGGGUACAGACUGGAUCUGGUGGCUACGGUGACCUUGGAAUGAGAACAAAUCAGACCAAUAUUAGCGUAGAUGCUAUUCUUCUCACGAUGUAACAAGUACAUUGGGGUUAUGGGAAGUGUUCCUAGUUCCAGUUGACCUAAUUAAUGCAGCCUAACAAUCCUUUAACAGAUUUGAAGAAUAGAAAUGUGUUAGUGUUAUGUGUGACCGCUCAGAAUUAACUGAAUGUUAUCAUCCCUUUUGUGGGCUUCAGGUACACACUCUGUUUCUUCAGACAGCAUUAUUCUCCUUGCUCUGAGUUUGUAUUUGAGGAGCUGGUGCCAUGACUGCAAACAUAGACAGUAAAAACAGAUCAGAUCAAAAGGAAAACCUCCCAUUCUAAAAAUGUAUAUAAACAGAAAUGACAAACUUCUGAUCAUUAGAACUUCUGAGAUAUCUCACACCUGUAAGGUCUUUUCACAUAAUGUCAAGUCUGUAAAGUAACUUACAUAGCCAUUUCCUUCCAGAUGCAUGAGAUGUAAACAACUUUUAAUCAGUUUUAUUACUUACAAAUACUUUAAAUGAAUAUUAGUGAAGCAAAGGUGAACAAAUUGUAAAAAAGUUAAUGUAACUGACUUACAUGUGGUCUAUUCUUGGAGGAUUCCUGAAGUGUCUUUAUCAGAGUCUGAGAAUUUCAGGGAAAGAGGGAAUGACAAAACCAGCACACAUUAAAUUCAACCUGAAUCAUUAUAAUUACCAAUGUACGUAUUGAGACAUUACUUAAAUUUAUAUUUAACAUUUCUUUUGUUUAAGACAAAUGGCAUUUUGAUGUCAUUCUGUUGGUACUGGUUCAAGAAUAACGACCUCCAUCUCAAUAAAUCAGUUGAAUUGGGUCUGUUUUAUCUUGUUCUCAUUAUCCUCAUCCACCUUAAUAUAUGCAUGAGAAGAAGGAUGGUUGCUUUUCUAAUAUGAAAGUUGCAUUAUGUACAAAUUAAAACACAUACUUGUAGUCUUGAUUGGUGAAAAUCUCUUCACUUGUACUUUAUGAUGUGAAGGAAACUCUCUUGUACAUGUUUAUGAUGAUUUGCAUCUUCUAGAUGGGUGAGAUGUGAAAAACUAUUUCAGGUAAUGUGCCUCGUUUCUGUGAAGCCCUUGAUGAUGUGCAUGACCUUUUAGAGUUUUUCAGAGAAACACCAAAACUAAUACAAUUAUAAUGUAAUAUAUCAUCCAUAUAAUAUAAUAUAUAAUAUUAGCCGUGUGUGAAUUAACAUAAGUUACGUCUCUGAGUCUGUGCGUCUCUCAAAAGUGUUCGGCAGCAGUGUCUCUACUAAUAGUGAAACUUUUAAAGUUCAUUUUCUUCAGGAACAGCGCUGUUGUUACCUCACUUGUGAGAAGUCGUGUAGUUUUUAAGUUGUUAAACUGAUCAAAUCAUCAGAGCAGUGCUAAUAACAUUAACGUGUGUGUUAACGUGUGUGUAAACUGUAUGUGUGUGUGUCUGUAAGAGAGAGACAGAGUAAGAGAGUGGGUGCUUUCCGUACAUAAUUAAAAUUUUGUGGCAAAAUGUGGAAAUAAUCUGUUGUUUUUAUCCCAUUGUUUAUUGUAUUUAUUUGUUCGGCCAGUGUCGUUGUGGGUUUUGGUUAUUUUACUGUUGUAAGACCUUUGAAAUAAAUGAAAUGGUGUGGCGUAGUGAUAUGGACAUGUAAUGCGGUCAAGAGCUGCCUGGAACUACGUUCGCCGCGUGUUUCCCUGAAAAUAAUGCACACCUUACAACGUUUGUCAGCCAAUCAGAUUCAGCCAUUCAACGGCCCCGUAAUAUAAAUAAAUAUAAUCACAGACAUCUUUAAAUUAUAACAUUUUCAUGAUUUUAGCUUGCCCUUGAAAUAAGCAGCUCACGUAACUUAUGUGCAGAGAGACACAAUACAAGCAUGUGAGUGUAUGGGACACGAUCAUUAAUCCAAUUAUGAUACGAUAUUUAAAGAAGUGAUUGGUAAGGAAGGAUGUAACUCAUAUGGGAGCAGAAAUCACCUUUGACUGGGUUACACUGUUUUUUUUAAUGCUACAAAAAAAUUUAUUGAUUGAUUUGUUUGUCAUGUUAUUUUACAUAGAACAUGUACAUUUAUGGUCUAUUUCUGUCAUUUUACCAUUUUUUCCUGUGUUUCAAAAAUACAGAAAAAGCCUGUAGAAAAAUACAGAAAUAUUCUGUAAAAUUGCAGUUUUUUUGACAGUGUACUGAAUGUCCAGAUACACAGUCCUACUAGCAAUCACCUCAUGUACCCUAGCAACUACAUAGCAACAGUCUAGCAACCAGCUCAAGUACCUUAGCAACUGCAUAGCAACAGUUUGUUUACUGACUGAAUGUGUGUGUUUUCUAGUGUUCAUUAUGGAGGAAAAUCCAGGAUUACAGCAGGACCGAAGAAAUAUGCCCGUUUUCUCACACUGGAUCCAAACACAGCAAACAUUGAACUCAUUCUGUCUGAGAGGAACAGAACAGUGACAAACGAGUACAAGAAUCAGUCGUAUCCUGAUCAUCCAGACAGAUUUGAUUAUUAUCCUGAGGUGUUGUGUAGAGAGAGUGUGUGUGGACGCUGUUACUGGGAGAUUGAGUGGAGUGGACGUGUGUUAAUAUCAGUGUCAUAUAAGAGCAUCAGCAGGAAGGAACGGGGUAAUGAGUGUGUGUUUGGACGUAAUGAUCAGUCCUGGAGUUUGAUCUGCUCUCCUAACAGAUACUCAUUCAGACACAAUAACAUACGGACUGAUCUCCCUGUGAAGCCCAUCAGCAGGAGAAUAGGAGUGAAUGAUGAUGAUGAUGAUGAUGAUGAUGAUUAUGAUGAUUAUGAUGAUGAUGAUUAUUAUGAUUAUUAUGAUUAUUAUGAUGAUGAUGAUGUCAGGAGAAUAGGAGUGUAUGUGGAUGUGAGUGCAGGAACUCUGUCCUUCUACAGCGUCUCUGACACAAUGAGUCUCAUCCACACAGAACAGAUCACAUUCACUCAGACGCUCUAUCCUGGGUUUAGUGUUUAUCCUGGAUCAUCAGUGAAACUGUGUUGGUGAAUGAGAAUAGACUGAUGAGAGAUUGUACCCAUAAUGCUUUGAGCUGAUGAUGAAUCAGUAACAGUGAGAUGUUAUAGAGUCUCUUCAUCACAUGAAUAUGAACAUGAAUCAGAAUAAAUGUGUGUGAUAAAUCCUCAUAUAGACAGUAAGAUCAGUGUGUGUGUAAGUAUAUUUGUGUUUUAUUGUCGUGUCUCAUCAAUCAUUUGUUUUAUUAUGAUCAAAAUCAUCUUUCAGUUGAAUACAAACAUGAUUCAUGAACAUGUCAUUCAUUUCUUUCUAUUGUAUAUACUGUAUAUACUAACGUUAAUUGUCAUAAUAUUAAAGAAAAAUACCAUAAAUAUU